AUGUCUCAAUUCAUUGUCAAUCCUAAGCCUUUCUUGGGCGAUCUGACCGGCAAAGAAGUCGUUGUUCGGCUGAAGUGGGGAAUGGAGUACCGCGGGAACCUUGCUUCCAGCGACGCUUACAUGAACUUGCAACUAUUGCAAUGCAAAGAGUUCAUUGAAGGGGAAUUGGCUGGCUUUUUGGGGGAAGUCUUGAUCCGAUGCAACAAUGUCUUGUGGAUCAAGGCGGCUAUGCCAGAUGAAGAGCAAGAGAAGGGAGAAGAAGGAGCUGUUGCUAUGGAAACCUAG